AUGUCUGAAGCUCUUGACCCUCUUGACAAAGAAGAAUUCAAGAGAGUUUUCUUCAAUGCUCACCCCAAGCCUUGGAAGGACGCCUUCCUGGAGAUCAACGGUACCCUCAACAACCAUUCCGUUGCCAGCAUCACUUCCUACAUGCAACGCAAGGCUCGACAAGCACACGACAAGGAAUUGAAGAAUCAACUCCACCAGAAGAUCGAAUCCAAAAAGAAGAAGCGCACGGCUGGUGUCCAUCACAGGGACGAUUUGAAACCUUUCAAGAAAUCUCAUACCGACCCAGAGGAAAACAAGAUGGACAAAGACGAGUACCACAAGCGCGUGGCGGAACUUGCAAAGACAGCCAAGCCGACCAAAAUUUGCUCGCUCAAGCCCAAUCAUAAGAAUCACCUUAUCUCCAAGUGCAAGGCAAUCAACAACUACAAGGCCCGAAUGAGCAACAAGAAGUCCAACAGCUUUGCUGUCAUCAAUCUCCCUGGAGAUAAGCCGGAUGAUGAUUUGACCACCUCUAAAGAGACCAACUCAUCCAACAAGAAUGCCUGA